AGUAUUAUUUUGAUUUAAAAAAAAAGUAAAUGAUAUUUUCGAAUAUUAUAGUUGCAAAAUAGUAUGUUUCGCAUGUUGUGUAUGUAGAUUUUAUUUAAUACGUUACGAGAUGAUGUAUUUGGUUAUAAAUAUCUAUAUGAUUAAGUGUACUUUAUUUUUUAUUCUUUGGAUGUUUUACUUAGUCAAAAAGACUACUGCUAUGAAUAGAUAAUGUGUACGUGAUUUGAAAGGUAGUGGAGUGAUAACUACCCACAAACCUAGGAGUGGACCUUAUCUAAUCUGUAAAUAAAUAUACAUGUACCCGGUUCAUUUUCAUUUGCACAGUACUCUUCUAUCGAGGUAUAUUUUACUGUACUUCUUCUUUUGUAGGCAUACUUGUUUAAUAUAGUAUUCUAUGGUUUUACUAUGCACUUGAACCGCUACUGCUCAUGUAAUAUUUACUUUUAGCUUGGUUAAAUCAUCCUCCUUGUUUUGCAAAGCAUGUUAUUGUGUGCAUUUUUACAAAUAUGUCGAUGCUAUUACUUUCAAAUAAUUAUUAAAAAUAUUCUUCCCUAAAGGGUAUUUAUUGCUUUUAUAUAUUUGGCAUUGGUCCGUACAAAUUAUCAUGCGCUCCCAAAGUUAUAUUUAUAUUGAAUGGGCAUGCUUAAGCAUUAAUGUUUUUGUAUAUUAGAUAGUAAAUAUAGCAUGAUUUUAAUGGAUUAAUUUUUUUUAUAUAUAUCGAAAGUCUUAAGAUUUUGAUGCAUAAGAAAAUAAUUUAUUUAUUUAGUUAUUCAUUUUAAAAUGAUUUAUACAUGAAAUGCCAUACAUUAUUUAAUUAUUUUGGAACAAUGAUGCGCGGUUUUACGUUUUAGUUGAAUCGAUAUAUUUUAUCUCAAACUAUUAUAUGAUUGUGUAAAUUUUAUGUUACUAAAAUAUGAUUUUGUACUAAAAUGUAUGAUGUACUUUCUUUUUUGUCUACCUUGACUUGUUCAGAAAUAUCAAAAUGGUGUGUGUUUCCUGUUAACUAGUAUGACUCUGUACUGUACAUGCUAUAUGAACAUCGAAGUGAUACUGUUUACGCCGUAGCAUUAUAUAUGGAUCAUUUAGUAAUUUUAAUUGGUUUGAUUAAUUUAACGUAGGAUUUGUUUGGCAAUAUUUUGGAUCACCACUUGUGCAGCUAAAGUGCCUAGCUUUUGGAAUCGAGAGGGAAUUGGCUAAGUUUGCUCCAAAGAUUUGAAUUUGCAUAUUUCUAGUAUAGAGUUGUGUCAUUUUAUUCGAGAUUAUGUCAGACUAUGACUUCCUUGAUUUUAAUUGUAAUGUCGUUGCAUUUGGAUUUUAUUAUGUUAAAUGACAUUUGAGAUUUGAGAUUUAGCAUUUGAGUAUUGAUAAUUUGAUUAAAAAAGUUGGGUCGUUACAGUUGGUAUUCAGAGCCAGGGUUUACUUCCUGUAGACUGCCAUUUAGGCGUGACCUGUGAGUUGAGUUUUAAAAUAUUAAUAUAUCUUUGUGACUUUUGUAGAUGGCAGAUGAGUACCCUGAGGUUGAGAUGUCCGACAUUGAGGAUCCGACCGAUAGUUCACCACCACCAUCAGACUAUGACCCUAGCUCUGACAGUGAUGAUUCAAUUAAUAACCUUGACCCUGAAUCUGAUAAUGAUAGUGAUGGACCAAUUGAAGAUAAUCCAGGAGAGAUUGUUAAUAGGCCCGCUAAGAAGUCUGAGCUCGAGAUAGAAGUUGAAAGUCUUCGAGCUGAGCUAGAAGAGACAAACCUGAAGCUGGAUACAGCUGAGCACCGACUAGUGAGGUUGAGAGAGCACUUACUUGAGGGCUGUGAUAGAUUUUACAGUACCUCGUUAAGGGGUAGAUGUGUGAACAAAAGAGCCAAGAAAUACAUUAAGAGUUUUGCGAAGGAAACGCGAGUUGAGGUCUUGCGAAGUGUCGCACUUGUAGGGGAUGCUUUAAGAGGAGGUGGUCAUUAUGAUUACCCUUCCUCUGCGAGUGUUUCCCCUUCAGACAACUAUUCUUCAGAUUAGGAUUUUGGUGGAGAGUUUUCUUUGUAGUAGACGUUAUGUUUAGGACGCAAUGCAUUUCUUUUGGAUGUACUUUUUAUUAUUAUUGAGUAGGAAAAAAAAAUUGUAUUGUUUUCAGACUGAUUAUGAA